CUCUGUUUUUACUUGCGUAUCGUUGCGCAGAACGAGCGGAACACACAAAGGCAGAUCUCUGCGCUGGGGGGAGUCAGUCGGUGCGGGAUGUAGGAGAUGGAUAGGCUCUAGUCUGCAACACUUCGUGCAAAUCGUUCCCGGUGACACACAGGAAUGUCUAGAAUCGAAAGGAUGGAGUGGUUGAAUGAGUGGCUGUGGCGGGAGGAGUACUGGCUCCCUCCUGGGAUCGGCUGGAAAGACACCCAUCUAGAUGAAGACCAGGGCCACUUCCCGUUACCCAGGGAUCUCCUCUGCACCCUCCCACUGGCCUUCACGUUUAUAGUCCUCAGAUAUGUCUUUGAGAGGGUUGUUGCUGUCCCGUUGAGCAGGUGCUUAGGCGUGAAGGACCGCAUUCGGAUUCAAGCUCCUUCGGUCCCUAAGCUGGAAGCCUUUUAUAAGCAGACGAGCCGGCAGCCAUCGCAGCCUGAAGUGUUGGCCUUGAGUAAGCAGUGUGGACUCUCGCAAAGAAAGAUCCAGACCUGGUUCAGACACCGGAGGAACCAGGACCGACCCGAUAACACAAAAAAGUUCUGCGAAGCAUCCUGGCGGUUUGUGUUCUACCUCACUGCGUUCCUUGGAGGACUUGGGUCACUAAUUGAUACUCCCUGGUUCUGGGACCAAACAGAGUGCUGGAGGGGUUACCCCAAACAGGCUGUGGCCACUGCACAUUAUUGGUAUUACAUGUUGGAGAUGGGUUUCUAUUUGUCUCUGCUGCUCUCAGUCUCCGUGGAUGUCAAACGAAAAGACUUUAAGGAGCAGGUGAUCCAUCAUAUCGCUACCUUAUUUCUCAUUGGUUUCUCCUACUGUGCCAACUAUGUGAGAGUUGGAACACUGGUGAUGCUGGUGCAUGAUUCAUCUGAUAUCCUCCUUGAGUCUGCCAAGAUGCUUCAUUAUGCGGUGUGGACGAGGACUUGUGACUCGCUGUUUGUCGUCUUCGCUGUAGUCUUCCUUGUUUCGAGGCUGGUGGUGUUUCCUUGCAGAGUGAUCCACACUACCCUGCUGGUCUCCCUUGAUUUCUAUCAACCAUUCUUUGGUUAUUAUUUCUUCAAUGCGCUGCUGUUGGUCCUCCAAGCGCUGCACAUCUUCUGGGCCUACCUUAUCCUGCGGAUGGUUAACAAGUUUAUCUUCAAGGGCAAAGUUGAGCGUGACGAACGCAGCGAUGAAGAGAGUGAGGCGGACGACAAUGAAGACGAGGAUAAAGAGCAUAAGAAGGAAGCAGAUGAGGUGGAUUCGGGGCAAAAGACAGAAAGGAGCAACUCGAAACUAACGUCGUUGGCUCACAACUGUGUCCUGAACAACCUGACCAACCAGAGGAAUAUAAACAGCAGGAUGCCAAAAGCCAGAUAGUGGAACAGCUCCUGUCACACAUCUUCACCUCCGUUCAAUUUGCCCAGAGGGAUGCCAUUUCUGCAUGAGUUCAUUCAAUCCUAUUUAUUCAGAUCAGGAAAAGUCUACAUCCUACUUUUCUGCAAAAGAAUAGAGCACAAAUGAUUGAGCUUUAGCGCCUGUGUGCAGCGUAUCAUACACAGUAUAGAAAAAGAAUUUAAACAGAUCAAAAAGGAAAUGAAGUUUUGUGCUGAAAGAAGUAGAUUUUGUCAACGUUUUGUCUUUAUGGUGACUUUUUUAUGACGCAACAACUUUUCUGUAAAUGAUUCUUCUUCACGUUUUUUUUAGUUUAACGUUUCAGUCAAAAGAAAUUCUGUGGUAAAUUAAACCGUCCUGUAAAAUAAAAAAAAGAACAAACUUCAACCUCUAGUUUAGUAGAAAUUACCUCGUGCAGAUUUUUAUUUUACAUAGAUCAUUGUACAUAUAUCCUAACAUGCUCCGUGAACGUUGCGUGAAAAGUCUAGAUAUCUAAGACUGAUAUAGUUGCAAUUUUUGCCACAAAUAAUUCACAUAAAUUGCCAUCUCUGUCAGCAAGGACAGACCUAAACACUUCUCCCUGAUGAAGCUGGGAUGGGCUCCAGCCCCUUCACCCCAAAACAACAAGUUUUCAAUACCUUGUAGUAACAGAUCUCGCAGUUGUACAAAGAAGAAUAUAAUCUUAAUUUGAAACCCAAUUCCCGCUUUGUAAAGCAUAAUCUAACUAAAACUUUGCUCUUGUUAUUUAUUUAAUCUAUUUAUUGUGUAUUUUUCUUAUUGUGAUACUACUCUGGCAGGAAGCAUCAUAUUUUACACUACAGUUUGCUACAUGUUUGUUUGGUGCCUUAGGCUGCUGUUUUUACUGUCCUUUUCACUCGCACUUAACAUGAAGCUCAAUUGUUCUGUUGAUUGACCCUACUAUAAUGCCAGUCAAGCUCAUCAGCUAAGAAAAGCAAGAACACAGGGUGUAACUGACCCCAGAGACAACCACUGUCAAUAACAAAAGAAAAAAGGACAGAAAAAGGAAACAGGACAAAGUAAGUGAAAUAUAAACUUACACUGAGCGCAAACCCUCCACAUCACCGCACAAGAGGUGUGAGAUUGAGUUCAUUACCAACAUGCUAUAGUUUACUUAUGAGGCUCUUAUAUGCUUCUGUGAAUUUACACCAUUUUUUUUCAUUAUUUUACCCAAAUGUGUAUUUAUUUAAUGCAGAAACUAAGCUGGGUUUAAUUUUUAAAAAGGGCUUUUCUGCUUAAAAAAAAAAAAGAAUUGAAAUGUCUACAUGAUGAAGAAAACCAUGAAAAUGUUUCAGGAAAGUUGUUCUAGACUGUUCUAAGAUGUUUGAAUGUUUGUUCAGCGUGUCUUUUUUGACAGAUUUUAUUAAAUUAACCUUAUUUAAUA